AUGACUCAAAUGAUCAAAGUGAAUAAUUUACUGUUCGAUGAUCUUGCUCCAUUACGGUAUGGCACUAAUCCUAUUAUUCUUGAAACGAAUCGAGGGAUGAAUUACAGGGAUAUGUAUAAAGAAUUGGAUUCUUUAGGAUCCGGUGGUUUUGGACACGUGUUUGAAGUGGAGAAUAAUAACGAAAAAUAUGCCAUUAAAAAAUGCAAAUUAAGUGAUUUGAAUGAAAAACAAAAGGAAAAUAUUUUGAAAGAAACGGAUAACUUGAUUAAAUUGCGCUCAAUAUAUUUAUGUGACUUCGGUUUGUCUAAAGAAGUGAAAGCAUUGAGUGAUGCAUACAAUCAAAGCAGUGCUAAACACACCGCAGAUGUGGUUCAAUAUAUGGCACCCGAAGGACAGACCACUGAAUACAACCAUUUAAUUCUGGCACUCAUUGGAGCGAAAAUAUUUGGUUUUGAUUCCGACGAUAUCAGAGACGGAGUGAUAUAUGGAAACAAAGACCUGAAUGUGGAAUAA